AUGGAUUAUUUCGGAGAUCGGGAGGAGAGAGAGCAUAACAAAUCCAUCGUCCGCCUGUUGGAGGAACGACGAUCACGCCCCGGCUCACCGGCACGGACACCAAAUCCGCCACUAGAGCCCCUGGACCUAGCUGACCGCGCCGUUCUCCGUAUAGCAGAUGAGCGUGAUGAGAUCCAGAAGAAGACGUUCACAAAAUGGGUGAACAAACAUAUAAUCAAGGCUCGUAAACAGGUCACUGACCUUUACGAAGACAUGAGAGAUGGACAUAAUUUGAUUUCAUUAUUGGAAGUACUAUCACAAGAAAUUAUUCCAAGGGAACGAGGAAGACUCAGAUUUCAUCGUCUUCAGAACGUGCAGAAUGCGUUAGACUUUCUUCGUUACAAGAAGAUCAAACUUGUCAACAUCCGGAAUGAUGAUAUUGUGGACGGGAAUGCUAAAUUGACUCUUGGAUUAAUAUGGACCAUCAUCCUUCACUUCCAGAUAUCCGACAUCAUUGUAACUGGUCAGCCAGAUGACAGGAAUGUUAAAGAAGCCUUGUUGCUAUGGAGUCGGAGGACUACAGAUGGCUACCCUGGUGUAAAUAUUAAAGAUUUCAGUCGUAGCUGGAGAGAUGGCUUAGCAUUCAAUGCAAUUUUACAUAGAAAUAGGCCUGAAUUAAUUGAUUUCAAAUCACUUAGUAGAGAUGACCACAAAGCAAAUUUAGAGAAUGCUUUUAGCGUAGCGGAAAAUCACUUUGGUGUAACUAGGCUACUAGAUCCAGAAGAUGUAGAUCGAGUAGACCCAGAUGACAAGUCUAUUAUGACGUACGUUUCUUCCAUGUAUGAUGUAUUUCCUGAGGUUCCUAAUAUUGAAUCAUCACUCGCAGACAAUGAGAGAGCGCUGAGAUGGGAGGAAUAUCAGGACUACGCCGGUCGCCUCAUGCAGUGGGUCACGCACUCAACAGCACUGAUGGAAGACAGGAACUUUCCAAACAAUUUACAAGACACUAGACAACUAUUACAACAGUUCAACCAGUACAGACUGGAAACAGUGCCUCCGAAAAUGAGCGAGAAACAUAAAGUUUUGGGAAUGUUCAAAGAACUAGAGAAAUUGUUUGCACCAACUGGUCAGUUUCACGUACCACAGGGCCUGGAUAUACACGACAUAGAGCAAGCGUGGGAUCGACUUAUGAUUGCACAGCAAGAAAGAGAUAAAAUGCUGAGAUCCGAAAUCAAUAGAUUAGAAAACUUAUACCUAUUAGGAGAGAAAGUCCAGAGACAAAUCCGUAGAACCACCGAUACAUUAGAUGGACUAGAAAGGAGAAUAGAAGCUGAUGAACCUAGGAUAGAUAAGAUGCAUCCAGCGGAUGCUAAAAAGAGAGUUGAUCAGAUCGAUGCUGGACUCAAGAUGUGUGAGACAGCGAUUCGUGAGAUGUUCAACGACACCCAAGCUUUGAAGGACGGACAAUAUUACCAAGCUGAUAUAAUUUACAGAAGAGUAUUCAAUUUACAUGAAAGAUGGUUGGCAUUACGUAAUAGACUACAUACGAACCUUACUUCUAAAGUAGCUACCAUGACAUUGACGACGGAGGAAACUACAUUGACAAAAAGAUACGAAACAAGAACAGAGUACAGAGUUGUUGAAACAAAUGAAAUAUUUAAAUUCAUUCAAGAAUGUCUCAUUUGGAUACAGAAUAAGCAGGCUGCCAUAGACUCCCUGGACUAUGGCAACGAUCUGCCGAGUGUCCAGAGAUAUUUGCGACAACACAGUGAAGAACACCGCGUCAUUACAGAAUUCAAAACUAACAUCGAUAGAUGUAGGGAUGCCAAAGCUGCCAUAGACUCCCUGGACUAUGGCAAUGAUCUGCCGAGUGUCCAGAGAUAUUUGCGACAACACAGUGAAGAACACCGCGUCAUUACGGAAUUUAAAACUAACAUCGAUAGAUGUAGAGAUGCCAAAAGUAACUUGAGUGGUGAUGAGUAUACGCUAUACUCUCAACACUUGUCCAGAUUAGAGCAAGUGUACGCAUCGUUAUUAGACUCUUCCGCUAAGAGAAUCAAAGACUUGGAAUUGUUAUUAGAGUUUAUGCAGGCCGCGACUACAGAGCUAAUGUGGUUGAACGAGAAGGAAGAGACAGAAGUAUCAAGAGAUUGGAGUGCUAAAAAUCUUGAUGUUCCCGAACUUGAGCAAUACUUUCAGAAUCUGUUAUCUGAACUGCAGAACCGUGAGGGUCAGUUCAAAAUAAUACAGAAUAAUGGACAACAGCUUGUCUUACAUAGCCAUCCAGCAUCACAGACUAUUGAGGCAUAUUUACAGGCGAUGACCUCACAGUGGGAAUGGCUGUUACAGCUCACCAUAUGCCUGGAACAACACCUGAAACAUGCCGCAGCCUAUCAUCAGUUUUAUGGAGAUGCUCAUGGAUGCGAACAGUGGUUGAGUGACCAAGCAGAAUUAUUAAACCGAAAAUAUGACAGAUCGGAUUUAUCACUUGAAGAAAGUACCGAUCUCCUUCAGGAACUUUUUGAAAUGAAGGAAAAACUUAUGGAGUACAAAGAUGUUGUUAGUGAUUUGGUAGUUAGAAGUAAACAUAUUGUUCCUUUAAAACAAAGAAAACAGUAUCCUGAAAACUAA